AUGGGGAGAUAUAGUGUGAAAAGAUACAAAACCAAGAGAAGAACGAGAGAUCUUGAUCUUGUUUAUAAUGACCUUUCGUCGAAGGAGAGUGUCAAGGCUUUGAAAAAUCAGCCAUUGGACGAAACAAAGCCAGGUUUGGGACAAUACUAUUGCGUGGAAUGUGCAAAAUAUUUCGAAAACCAGGAUGCAUUGGACCGCCAUAGCAAGGGCAAAAUUCACAAGAGAAGAUUGAAGGAUCUCAAACAAAGACCAUAUACGCCGUUGGAGAGUGAGGCCUGCGCUGGUUAUAAUGUUCAGAAGUUCAUGGAGGCGGUUGAAAAGUACAAAAACAUUGAGCAGUACAAGAACGAAAACAAGGCCGAGUUGGAUGCAAUCAAAAGCGAGAAGAAGGAUACAUUGGAUGCUAUCAUUACAGGAAUUCCAUCUACUGCAGCCGCUGGGGAAACCGAGCAAGAUGAGGCCAAGCAAGAAGGUGAAGUUGAGAUGACCGAUUAA